AUGCAACUCAUCUGGCAAGCCGUUGGAGCAGCAAUCAUUGCCAUUUUCCUGCACCUUUUCAACACCUGGUGGCAUCUAAGACACAUCCCGGGACCUUUCCUCGCUAGCAUUACCAACCUCCAAAGAGUCUGGUGGGUAAAAACUGGCCGCGCUCAUCUUUAUCACCAGGCGAUCCACGCCAAAUAUGGAGAGGUCGUACGCAUCGGACCUCGCCUAGUAUCCUUCAGCAAUCCUGAGGCCAUUUCGACGGUUUAUCCCAUUCGCCCUGGGUUCCCUAAGAGUGACUUUUACGCCACACUCCGUCCCUAUACGCGAGAGCGAGGCGCCAUGCUCGCUGUGUUCAAUACGCAGAACGAGCAGAUACACAAGCAAAUCAAAAGUCCCAUUGCACCGCUCUUCUCCCUCUCCAAUGUAGUCAUGUUUGAGGGCCUGGUUGAGGAAGUGUUGUCAUGUCUCUCAGAGCAAUUCGACACUCGCUUCGUGGGUACAGGUAAGAUAUUCGACUUUGGUGAAUGGCUGCAGUAUUUCGCAUUUGAUGUUAUGGGAACUAUGUCCUUUUCGAGAAGGUAUGGUUUUCUUGAGCAAGGUCGUGAUGUAAAUGGGAUGUUGGAUGCGAUAUUUCUGUUUAUGAAGACGGCCGCACCGAUGUCACAAAUUCCAUGGGUCGAUCCUUGGAUCUACAAGAAUAGAUUUGUCAAUAGCCUCCGCAGGACGCCUGCAAUGUCCAUCAUGGGGUUUGUUGAUAGGGUCAUUCGCGAACGACUAAAUAAUCCUGACCAUGCCAAGCGCGAUAGUCACAGGGACUUUCUAGCUCGCUUUCUGGAGAUCCAAGAUGCGAACUCGAAUGUGCCACCGUGGGCCUCAACCGCCUGGACAUUCUCAAAUGUCAUCGCUGGCUCGGACUCUGUUGGAACCGUGAUGCGGACUAUUAUGUGUCCCAAUUAUCGCAAUCACACCUCUCAAUGCCGCACACCAACAUUUCUAAAUUCAAUAGACAAUCUUCUUACCCACCCCGCCACCCUCCAAGCUCUAUCCAGUGAACUCAUAACAGCGAAUCUCACCCUCCCCUACCCGAAAUGGAACGAAGUCUGCGACCUCCCUUAUCUCGAUGCUUGUAUUCAAGAAGCUGUCCGUCUGCACCCCCCCUUCGCACUUGUCCUCGAGCGUGUUGUCCCUGCUGGCGGCGUCACAGUCCUGAAUCACUAUCUGCCUGAAGGAACUUUAGUCGGGGGGAACCCCUACGUGGUAAAUCGACACGCGGAAACAUUCGGGCCCGAUGUCGAGGAGUGGAGGCCAGAGAGAUGGCUUGAGGGGGAAGGGCGCAAGAGGCUCGAGCAGAGCGUUCUUACGUUUGGUGCCGGACGGCGUGUCUGUCUUGGCAAGUAUAUUGGGAUACUUGAACUGAAAAAAUUAGUUCCCUUCUUGGUGCUAAAAUACGAUAUGAAGAUCAUUGAUCCUGAGAGGUUUUCGGUGGAGAACGGCUUUUUCUUCAAACAGCGCGGGUUUUAUUGCAAUAUUACGAGACGGAAGGAGGGAUCAGACCGGGACAAGGCGGAUUCAAAGUAG